GAGCGAGGCCGCCGCGGCAAGAGACAUGUGUGCUCAGUAUUGCAUCUCACUGGCUGACGUUGAAAAAGCACAAGCCAACAUUCACCGCCUCAUCCACCUCACACCUGUCCUAACCAGCUCCAUUCUGGAUGAAUUGGCUGGCCGCAGACUUUUCUUCAAAUGUGAGCUCUUCCAAAAGACUGGGUCCUUCAAGAUUCGUGGAGCCCUUAAUGCACUCAAGGGUUUGACUGCCGGCUCUCUCAGAGAAGGGGAGAAACCUAAAGCUGUUGUGACUCAUAGCAGUGGGAACCAUGGACAAGCUCUCACCUUUGCAGCCAAAUUGGAAGGAAUUCCUGCCUAUGUGGUGGUUCCCCGCACGGCUCCACCCUGUAAGAAAGCUGCAAUCCAGAGCUAUGGGGCCACGGUGGUGGACUGUGAACCCAGUGAUGAGUCCCGAACAGCGGUGGCAUCAAGGGUGGUGCAGGAGACUGAAGGCACCUUGGUGCACCCAAAUCAGGAACCUGCUGUGAUUGCCGGCCAGGGCACCAUUGCCCUUGAAGUCCUUCAGCAGGUUCCUCUAGUGGAUGCCCUGGUGGUGCCCGUUGGAGGUGGUGGCAUGAUUUCUGGAAUUGCAGUCACAGUCAAGGCCCUGAGACCCACCGUAAAGGUGUUUGCUGCUGAGCCGUGCAAUGCUGAUGACUGCUUCCAGUCCAAGCUGAGAGGGGAAUUGAUCCCUAACCCUCAUCCCCCAGACACCAUCGCCGACGGCGUCAAAUCCAGCCUCGGUACCAAUACCUGGCCCAUCAUUCGAGACUUUGUGGAUGAAGUCUUUACUGUAACUGAGGAAGAAAUCAUGCAAGCAACCAAACUUGUGUGGGAGAGGAUGAAGUUAUUUAUCGAACCGACUGCCGGGGUCGGAGUGGCUGCUGUGCUGUCCGAGCAGUUUCAAGCCGUUGCCCCAGAGGUUAAGAACAUCUGCAUCGUGCUGAGUGGUGGGAAUGCAGAUUUGACCUCCCUGACCUGGCUUAAGCAUUGCAGAGACCAAGAGGCUGGCAGCUGCUAAGAAGAAUCCAACCGACCCCGUCUUACCUAAUGGUUCUUUGAUGUGGCCCCUCCGGCCCCACUUUGUCCUCAGCUCCACCGGCUUAAACCACAGCACGUCCUCUGAGUCCAAGAAAGAAAGAGCACCAUGAACCCCAAAACUUGUAUACAGGGAAAGGCAACCUCCCUCAAUCCAGUUCAUGCUACACCCCGCCGAGCAGCUGCAGUGAGUUCCAAUAGCUCUGCCCGCAAGUGGAAUAAGACAGUCUGAAUGUCAAGUGAAAAAGCUGCAGUUGAGCCCCCCGGGAGAGAGGGAUGUGGAUCCCCUGCAGGGCAUAAAAACUCCCAGGGGUUUGCUUUUCUUUCAUAUGCCAGAGCUCCCUCUGGGAGGGAUUGCCUCUGGUCAGGUGCACUGAUAAUUUGAACCUGUGCAUUUUAAGAAAGUGUCCUAACAAGACAGCCAGUUCCCACCUCGGUUAAAGAACAUGUAGCGCACGACUGCCAUCUUUGUGAAGAUUUUAAAAGGGUGACCGCUGAGCACAAGCCUCUUGAUGAUCAUUCGGUCUGGAUCCACAGACAGCAGCGAACCGGUAGCGAUGAGGUCGUGCAUUCCUAGAGGACAGAGAGGAGCUGAGCGUUCAGCAGUCAAAGCCAAGCUUGGUCACACCAAGAGUCGAGCAAGAGAAAAAUAGCCAACCACAAGUCUCCUGUCAGGAAACAUAACACUAUCUCAUAGCUACUUCAUCCACUUGUGAACUCCUUGUGGGCAGGGAAUAUGUUUAACAACACUAUUGUAUUGUAUUCUCCCCAGCACUUACUACAGUGCUUUGUACAAAGUUAGUGUUCAAUAAAUACUGUUGACUGAUGAA